GCCACGGCUGGCGACACGCACCUCGGCGGCGAGGACUUCACCAACAGGAUCCUCGAGCACUGCAUCAAGGAGUUCGAGCGGAAGAACCGCGGCACCGAUGUGCGGAAGAACGCGCGCGCGAUGAAACGCUUGCAGAACGAGUGCGACGCGGCCAAGAGGACACUGUCGUCCUCCACCUCCGCCACGAUCGAGGUUGACUCGCUUCUCGAUGGCGUCGACUUCUCGUGCACCAUGUCUCGGGCGAAGUUCGAGGAGAUGAACCAGGACCUCUUCCGGAAGUCCAUGGAGUCCGUGGAGCGCGUGCUGCGGGACGCCAACGUGGACAAGAAGGCCGUAGACGAGGUGGUCCUGAUAGGCGGUUCCACGCGCAUACCAGCGGUGCAGAAGAUCAUUGAAAGCCAUUUCGGCAAGGAGGCGUGCAAGUCCAUCAACGCCGACGAGGCCGUGGCGUACGGCGCCGCGGUGCAGGCCGCGGUGCUGAGCGGCGACAGAGGGAACUCGAAGUUGCGGGACAUUGUGCUGCUGGACGUGACGCCUCUCUCUCUGGGUCUGGAGACCGCGGGGGGCGUGAUGACGAAGUUGAUCGACCGCAACACCACAAUCCCUACAAAGAAGACCCAGGCGCCUUGUUACGCUGCGUGAUGAAUCAGUGGUGUGUUGCGGCCUCUCGUCGUUUGCCGAAUGUCGAGGGACAUCUUUCGUGGAUGUUGCGUGCUUCGCCAAGGCGUCCUUGCUGCGCCCUCAAUCUGACAUUUGCCUGUGUCGUGUCAAGACGGUGAGCACUUGAUGGUUUUGCCUCGUCCGAUGUCUUCCCUGUGGUCUUU